AUGGCGGCGGCGGGGACGGCGGCAGGGCCGGCGGGGCCCGAGCCCAUGCCGAGCUACGCGCAGCUGGUGCAGCGGGGCUGGGGCAGCGCGCUGGCGGCGGCGCGGGGCUGCGCGGACUGCGGCUGGGGGCUGGCCCGCCGCGGCCUGGCGGAGCACGCGCACCUGGCGCCGCCCGAGCUGCUGCUGCUGGCGGUCGGCGCGCUCGGCUGGACCGCACUGCGCUCGGCGGCCACCGCGCGCCUCUUUCGGCCCCUGGCCAAGCGGUGCCGCCUCCAGCCUAGAGAUGCCUCCAAGAUGCCUGAGAGCGCCUGGAAGUUUCUCUUCUAUCUGGGCUCCUGGAGCUAUACCUCCUACCUGCUCUUCGGCACUAACUACCCCUUCUUCCAUGACCCGCCAUCUGUCUUCUACGACUGGACACCAGGCGUGGCGGUGCCACGGGACAUCGCAGCCACCUACCUGCUGCAGGGAAGCUUCUACGGCCACUCCCUCUACGCCACGCUGUACAUGGACACCUGGCGCAAGGACUCAGUGGUCAUGCUCGUCCACCACGUGGUCACCCUGGCCCUCAUCAUCUCUUCCUACGCCUUCCGGUACCACAACGUGGGCAUCCUUGUGGUCUUCCUGCAUGAUAUCAGCGACGUGCUGCUCGAGUUCACCAAGCUCAACGUCUACUUCAAAUCCCGCGGCGGCUCCUACCACCGGCUGCACGCCCUGGCGGCCGACCUGGGCUGCCUCGGCUUCUGCUUCAGCUGGUUCUGGUUCCGCCUCUAUUGGUUCCCUCUCAAGGUCCUGUACGCCACGGUCCACUGCAGCCUGCGCUCCGUGCCUGACAUCCCCUUCUACUUCUUCUUCAAUGCGCUGCUGCUGCUGCUCACCCUCAUGAACCUCUACUGGUUCCUGUACAUCGUGGCGUUCGCCGCCAAGGUGCUCACGGGCCAGGUGCGCGAGCUGAAAGACCUGCGGGAGUACGACGCGGCCGAGGCUCAGGACCCCAAGCCCAGCAAGGCUGAGUGAGUG